AUGCCUAUGAGAGGUCUAAUAGGUGAUAUACAGUUAGAAAAGGAGGGCAACAAAAUUAUAUUUCAUGAUGAUCAGAUAGAUUGUAGUACAGAUGCAUGCACUGUGAAGUGCUCUACAAAUGAACCAGCAUUAGAUAGGUUGACACCUAGGAGUCCAUAUAAGAUUGAUAGAUCUCUAGUGAAGAAGAUGGAAAUAUAUGGCAGAUAUUGGCUUAGUUACUCAUAUAGAGCAGCUGGCCAUGCUACCUUAGCAUUUGGCAAUGUAGAGUUGAAAGAGCUUAUAGUGGAGAAGCCUCAUUGUGAAUUGAAAGCAGUAAUGUCUUAUGCUUGUGAAGCAUGCCUGGAACAGCCAAGAGUAACCAUUGCAUCAUAUAAUGUUAAGACAGAGGGUGCACUUGAAUUUGAAUCUAAUUGUACAUGGGAUAGACAAUAUUUAUCUUGUAACCUUGAGAUGUAUGAGAUUAAACAACUGAGCAUGAACAGAUUCUGUAAUAUAUAUAUUCCUGUGAUUAACAAGACUAUGAUGAUAACAUUUGAAUAUGAGUAUAGAGGUACCCUUACAGAUAUGAAGGUGAUCAGCCUGUUCAGUAUUGGGAUACCUUAA